CCCAUUAACAGAACAGACUCUUUGAUUUACUCAGCAGCUUUGAGGUUUCAUUCUCAUUAGAGCAGACAACGAGGCUUUUAUUUCAUUUAGUUAAUCAGAGCAGCAGGGAUUUCUUUUAUUUUUUGCUAAGAGGAAAAUGGCAGGAAGGAGUAAACUGGGCGAGGAUCUGCAAGCCACAAGCUGAACAAAAUAAAUAAAUUUGUGCAAAAAAAUCUGCACCUCAACACAGUUUCUGCUCAAAGUCUUCAUCCUGUUUGUGUGAGUGAUAGAACUGAACUUCCUCUAAUGUUCAUAUAGAUACUGUAAAGACAAUCCACGCUACGUUUACUGUCCAUCUUGAGCUCCUCACUGAAGUAAAAGGAGGGGGACCCUCUGAGGGGCGGGGUUUCUCCAGACGAAGUAUGCUAACCCAAAUCUGGAAGUAUGGAAACUGAAAACAAAAUGUAGCCUUCAUGCGUUUUUAAAAUGGAUGGAUGUACCACAACUUUCAGGAUUUUUUUUAAUCGACGUACAGUAACAGUCCAACGCACAUCGUAAUCUCAACUCUUAAUCUUAAUGGACUUUUCUUUUUGGGUCCCAUCUUGAAAUUUUCAAGCGAAAACGAUACUAAUAAAAAAGUUAUAAUAGGCUAUUGAUAGCACCGUUAACUGUAUUCCUCGAAAUGGUCGUUUUUGUUUUAAACGUAUUAGGCUACUUUUAAUAGGCCUAUUCGACUUAGAAAAAAGCGGAGGAGCAAACUCGCUCUACUAAAUCAUGAGUUUAUUGAUCGGAUAUUUUGGGAACUGUGAAUAUGAUUCCUAAAACUUUUUUCCUCUGCCUAUGGGUUUGGUUCUCACAUGGUGUUAUUUGUGAUACAGAUGAAGUGAAGUCAGUGUCAGUGACUGAAGGAGAUUCUGUCUCUCUAAACACUGAUGUUACCGAAAUACAGAGAAAUGAUCAGAUACUGUGGAUGUUUAACAUUAACAAUUCAGACACUCGUAUUGCUGAAAUCCAUAAGCAGGUCAUUGAUAUGUAUGACAGUACUCUGAUAUUUGGAGACAGACUCCAGAUGGACAGUCAAACUGGAUCUCUGACCGUCAGAAACAUCAGAUCUAAACACUCCGGACUUUAUAAACUACAGAUCAUCAAAGCUUCUGGAGUCACAUACAAGAGUUUUUCUGUUGCUGUCUAUGCUCCUCUUUCCAUUCCUGUCAUCAACAGAGACAGUUCAGACUGUUCUUCAUCAUCAUCAUCAUCAUCUAAACGUUCAUCAGUGUCUAAUUGUUCACUGUUGUGUUCAGCUGUGAAUGUGAGAGAUGUGACUCUCUCCUGGUACAAAGGAAACAGUUUAUUGUCCAGCAUCAGUGUGUCUGAUCUCAGCAUCAGUCUCUCUCUACCUCUGGAGGUGGAAUAUCAGGAGAACAACAUCUACAGCUGUGUGAUCAACAAUCCCAUCACAAACCAGACCACACAUCUGGACAUCAGCAAACUCUGUCACACAUGUGCAGAGCUCAUUCAGCAGUCACAGACGGUGGUAAUAUCAGUUAUAGUGAUAGCUCUGAUCGUGGUUGUAGUUGGGGGGGUCAUAUUGUACCACAAGAAAUGCAAACAAGCAUGUCCAGAAGGCAAGUAUUACUCUUUUCAUCAAAUAUUAUGAGGAUUCUGAAUCAAAAUUUUUAAAAAUGUGCCACAAUAUCUGUUUUUAAACACCAUUUAAGACUUAUUUGAAAAAUUUAACAUUAUCAUUAAAACAGUCCAGACUUGUGAGGAAGAGGUACUUUAUGCCGAAACAAGAUUCUGUGCGCGUAGUGCUCACAGUACGGUAAGACACAGUAUUGCAGUGUGCAGUGAAUCUGUCUGCAGAAACCACAAGCCCUGAGAGAAACACAUGUGCUUACACACGUGAAGACGAAGCAGAAAAUGUGCCAUCCUGUGCUGAUGUCAGUGUUGUAAUUAUUUGUCUGUGCAAUAUGUUGCCUUUUAAGCAAUUCAAACCACUUAUUUUAAGCUCAAUUCCUGCUCAUGCUUGUUUUUUUCUGCUUAGGCCUCAGUUGUGCAUGAUAGCAUCCCCACUUUGCAAUAUCAACUUGAGAAAGCACAUUAUACCAGAAAGUGUUCUCAUUUCUCAGAGCAAGAACAGUUUAGAAAGGAUUGAGGUUGACAUUUUUCUGAAUACUAUGAUUAUGCCUCUGUAAAGCCACAGGCAUCUGUAACACGCACAAACAGUCAUCAAAUCACAAAAGCAUUCAUUAUAAACCCUGAUUAUUCAAUGGCAGCUGAAUCAAAUGCAGGAAAGCAGUGAUUUCCUUUCAGCUCUACAAGAGCUAUUAAACAAUGAACAGUGUUUUAAAAAAAUUGCGAAAUAACCACAAUGUCCUUCAAAAUCCAAAAGCAACGCUCUUACUUGCCAGUAUUUAAAAAAGUUAUUCAAAACAAUCAAAUAAAACACCAGGCUUUUGCUAUUAUGUCCUUUGCUUUUAAUUGUCUUUGUAUUCAACAGUUGUCCUUGAGCUGAUUUAGUGUUUAUAGUCAAGAAGUAUUAAAAGAACAUUACCAGACUGUUGAUAUAGAUGUAUACACACAAACAUUACUUAUAUACAUGUACACAUACACAAUUUUGUUGUUGUUUUAGUUUUAAUUCCUAACGUUUGUGUUUUGUUUUCUUUCAGAAACCAGAUGAAGGACAGCACAUCUUAUACUCGAGUGUUAAUGUAAAAUGAAAGGAUCUGUAUUUGCAUUUUGGAGGCUAAUGUGUCGCUUGCAUGAAAAAGUCAUUUUCAAGUAUUUCAGGUUCAGUGAUCUCAAAGUGCAUCUUUAGAUUUCAGAGAGUGACAAAUGCUUCACAGUUCUGAAUGGAAGUGAUUGAAGGCUAAUGUUUCAUUUUCAUCAGUAUUUUAUCACUAUUUCAAGAUCGAUUAACAUCCUGUUUAUGUAUUAUGCAUUUCUCUGGAAUAUUUGACAUUGACUGGUCAGUUGGCAUUCAGCAAUCAAAUAUUUCUGAACAAUCUCCACUCAUCUGACUAACUCCGUAUAACCGACCACUCAUCCCUAAAAUCUCAUAGAUACUAUUUAAUGGUUUAUACCUAAUGUUACUUACGAACUUCAGUGUUUGACACCAAUUUAAUCUAACUUUGGCUUUCCAGCAUGCUGUUACUUGUUCUGCAUUCAGCUGUUUACCUGUUAGACAAGACAUGUUCAUACACGUUCAGCUCUGUUACAGGAAUCUUUCUCUUAUACUCUGUUAAACAUUCUCAGUAGACACUGAAGUCUUAACAAAACAUCUUGUUUUUGUUUUUUUGUAUCAGCUCUAUUAUAUAUAUAUAUAUAUAU